AUGGCCCAUCAGGUGCUGUCGUUAGGCAGUGCUGCCGGCAUGGCCCAUCAGGUGCUGUCGUUAGGCAGUGCUGCCGGCAUGGCCCAUCAGGUGCUGUCGUUAGGCAGUGCUGCCGGCAUGGCCCAUCAGGUGCUGUCGUUAGGCAGUGCUGCCGGCAAGGCCCAUCAGGUGCUGUCGUUAGGCAGUGCUGCCGGCAAGGCCCAUCAGGUGCUGUCGUUAGGCAGUGCUGCCGGCAAGGCCCAUCAGGUGCUGUCGUUAGGCAGUGCUGCCGGCAAGGCCCAUCAGGUGCUGUCGUUAGGCAGUGCUGCCGGCAAGGCCCAUCAGGUGCUGUCGUUAGGCAGUGCUGCCGGCAAGGCCCAUCAGGUGCUGUCUUUAGGCAGUGCUGCCGGCAAGGCCCAUCAGGUGCUGUCGUUAGGCAGUGCUGCCGGCAAGGCCCAUCAGGUGCUGUCGUUAGGCAGUGCUGCCGGCAAGGCCCAUCAGGUGCUGUCGUUAGGCAGUGCUGCCGGCAAGGCCCAUCAGGUGCUGUCGUUAGGCAGUGCUGCCGGCAAGGCCCAUCAGGUGCUGUCGUUAGGCAGUGCUGCCGGCAAGGCCCAUCAGGUGCUGUCGUUAGGCAGUGCUGCCGGCAAGGCCCAUCAGGUGCUGUCGUUAGGCAGUGCUGCCGGCAAGGCCCAUCAGGUGCUGUCGUUAGGCAGUGCUGCCGGCAAGGCCCAUCAGGUGCUGUCGUUAGGCAGUGCUGCCGGCAAGGCCCAUCAGGUGCUGUCGUUAGGCAGUGCUGCCGGCAAGGCCCAUCAGGUGCUGUCGUUAGGCAGUGCUGCCGGCAAGGCCCAUCAGGUGCUGUCGUUAGGCAGUGCUGCCGGCAAGGCCCAUCAGGUGCUGUCGUUAGGCAGUGCUGCCGGCAAGGCCCAUCAGGUGCUGUCGUUAGGCAGUGCUGCCGGCAAGGCCCAUCAGGUGCUGUCGUUAGGCAGUGCUGCCGGCAAGGCCCAUCAGGUGCUGUCGUUAGGCAGUGCUGCCGGCAAGGCCCAUCAGGUGCUGUCGUUAGGCAGUGCUGCCGGCAAGGCCCAUCAGGUGCUGUCGUUAGGCAGUGCUGCCGGCAAGGCCCAUCAGGUGCUGUCGUGA